AUGAAUGCACGCCGGGCCCUGCUCUCCGCCGCCUUGCUCGCCAGCCUCCUCUGGGAUUUACCUUGCUGCCUCCCGGCUUCCCUACCCGCCGCCUCCUCCAAGGGCGGACGGGGCCGCAGGCUGCCGCGGUCCCCACGGGAGAACCGCCCGCGGCAAGGGGGACACCCCGUGGGCCGGGCGCUCCCACGAGCGGAACCCCACGAGUACAUGCUGUCUCUGUUCAGGACUUACUCUAUCGCGGAGAAACUGGGCAUCAACGCCAGCUUUUUUCAGUCGUCCAAAUCCGCCAACACCAUCACUAGCUUUGUAGACAGGGGACGAGACGAUCUCCCGCCCGCUCCCCUGAGGCGGCAGCAGUACGUGUUCGAUGUCUCGACCCUCUCGGAGACGGAGGAGCUGGUGGGGGCCGAGCUGCGGCUGUUCCGCCGUGCCCCCCGCGGCCGCCCGCCGCCCGCCGUCCCUCUGCACAUGCAACUCUUCCCCUGCCUCUCGCAGCGGCCGCUGGACUCUCGCGCCCUGGACCUGCGGGCGGCCCCCACCGCCGGCUGGGAGGUCUUCGACGUGCGGCAGAGCCUGCGGGAGCCACGGCCCUGGAAGCGCCUGUGCCUGGAGCUGCGCGCCUCGGCGGGCCGCGGUCCGCCGCGCUGGCUGGACCUCCGGGGCCUGGGCUUCGGGCGCCGGGCGAGGCCGCCGCAGGAGCGGGCGCUGCUGGUGGUCUUUACCCGCGCCCGGCGGCGGAGCCUGCUCGGGGAGCUGCGCGCAGAGCUGGGCGCGCCGCCGCCGCCCGCUGCCCACCACCCACCGGCCCGGCGCCAGCGGCGCACCGCCUUCGCCAGCCGGCACGGCAAGCGGCACGGAAAGAAGUCCCGCCUGCGCUGCAGCAAGAAGCCGCUGCACGUCAACUUCAAGGAGCUGGGCUGGGACGACUGGAUUAUCGCCCCUCUGGAGUACGAGGCCCACCACUGCGAAGGGGUCUGCGACUUUCCGCUGCGCUCCCACCUGGAGCCCACGAACCACGCCAUCAUCCAGACCCUCAUGAACUCCAUGGACCCCGGCUCCACGCCGCCCAGCUGCUGCGUCCCCACCAAAUUGACUCCAAUCAGCAUCCUCUACAUCGACGCGGGCAACAACGUGGUGUACAAGCAGUACGAGGACAUGGUGGUGGAGUCCUGCGGCUGCAGGUAG